AUGACGAGAAUCUGGGAGAAAAAAUAUUAUGGUAAUAUUGAAUAUAUUGCUCAUUGGGAUUCUGAAGUCAGAAAUAAUUCUCACAAUCGAUUACAGAGUCAAAACAAAGAUGUUUUCUAUUCUGAUACACACGAAGAAGGUUGCUGGCCUGAAAGUGAUAUAUUUCGAUAUCACUUACGAAAUGGUUCAAAUGACCGUCUUAUUAGUACUUAUGUUCAACAAGAAUGGUCAUUAUAUCAUACCGAUUACCAUCAUAAGCUAUGUAUUAAUGCAGUUAGUAAUUAUAAAUUUGAUGAUGGGUUUAUAAGUUUAGAUGAGUUAAUCGAAGAAACUAUUAAUUAUAAUUUCAAA